UUUCUGACGCGUCGUGUCGCGAGCGCCGUGCCGUCCAAUACCGAUCUAAACACAUUACGAACUCGCCGCCUAAACUUUGAGCGUUUAUUACGCCAAUGUUCUAAAACAUUGAUUAACUGUAAAGUCUGCAUCGAUUUCAGUGCUGAGACGUAUACUCAUUUAAUUUUACUCGACAUUAGAGCUAUUUUUCUUAAAUAAAAUACGGAAAUGUAAGACGAGGUUACCGCGGCCAGUGUUGUGAUUUUGUUGACAAUGUUUAGUUAAAAGUGAUGUGGUUGUGAAAAUAUUUCAUAGAAAUAUGCGUGUGUUGAUUCCGUUGCUGUUGGUUUGCGUUUCACAAUGUGUUUUAGCGCAAGAAGGACCUCCGAUCGGAGGAAUAUUUUACAAAGACUCAGAAGAUAUGAAAGCUGCUCUGGAGGUGAGCGCAAAAAGUUUUAAUUUCACUGCGUCCAUAAAAGAAGUAUCCACGCGAGGAGAAGUUUUGGAAAUAAGCAAAUAUGUAUGCCAACUAGCGGAGGAAGGUGUAAUCGGCAUCAUAGACGGCACAGGAGGCCGUUCCAGUGAAAUCAUUCAGGGACUAUCUGACGCGCUGGAACUGCCACACAUCAGUAUAGAACAUAAUGACCUUUAUUCUGAUGACUGGUUCGUGCUGAACAUGUAUCCGAGCCCUACUGCUUAUAAUAUGGUGUUACAAAAGUUGAUCCUACACAAGGAGUGGAAAAAUUUCACUCUUUUGUACACGAAGGGACACAGUUUGAUACGCGUCAGUGAGCUGUUGCAGAUGGGCAACGACACUUUAGUCGUCAGUUUGAGAGAACUUAGCGGGAGUGAUUACAGAGACGUACUUAUCGAUGCUAAACACAAUGGCUACAAGAACUUCGUGGUAGAUUCUCCAUCUAGAUACUUGGAGCAAGUAUUGCUUCAUGCACAACAAGUAGGCAUGAUGGCUGAGGAACAUUCGUAUAUUUUCGUAUCGCCCGACCUCUUUACUUUGGACAUGAGUCGGUUCAAAUAUGGAGGAGUUAAUAUGACGGGAUUUCGUUUAGUAGAACUACAAGACAAGGACAAUGAGAAACUGUGGAACUUCACAUCCACACUGAACUUAGAAACUGGGAAAACAUUUAAACCUGAACAGCUUAAAACUCAAGUGUUACUCAUACAUGAUGCAGUCGAAGUGUUCGCUGCUGCCUUCAAGAAGGUUAAGGUGCAACCUGAGACUCUGAGCUGUGAGAAUUACCAAGCUUGGAGUUUUGGAUCGACACUACUCAAUUUUAUGAAGACGAACAAGGUAGAAGGACUAACAAGGUCAUUGAUAUUCGACGGGGUGGGACAGCGGACUGAUGUCACAUUCAAUAUACUUGAAUUAACUUCAGCUGGCAAUCAGUCAAUAGGUAAUUGGACAAACAAUGAAUUGAAAAUAAACAGGCCGCUCGUUGCUGAUGCAGAAAUCACUCAAGAGUCAGCACUGAGGAACAAAUCGUUAAGAGUACUGAUUUCGUUGGCUCCGCCAUACGGAUACAUGAGAAAAUCAGAUAAGAAAUUAGAGGGUAACGAUCAGUACGAAGGAUUCACAAUUGAUUUGAUUGAUAAAUUGAGUGAAAUUCUAGGAUUUAGCUACGAAUUUGCCGUUGAAGAAGACUAUGGCACUAAAACUGAGACCGGUGAAUGGACUGGCAUGGCUCUUCAGCUUAGAGAAGAGAGAGCGGACCUAGCUAUAUGCGACUUAACUAUAACGGCAGUGAGACAGAGUGGCAUAGAUUUUUCCACGCCGUUCAUGACACUUGGUAUCGGAAUACUGUAUAAGGAGCCCAGUAAGCAGCCACCCGAGAUGUUCUCUUUCAUGGCUGUCUUCUCUAAGGAGGUUUGGUACUACAUGAUGCUAAUCCAAUUGGCUUUGGGAGUCACGAUGAUCUUCGUAGGCCGUAUAUCAAACAAGGAAUGGCAGAAUCCAGUGCCCUGUAUAGAAUCCCCUGAAGAAUUGAAUAAUCAGUUCAGUUUCGCCAACUCCGUAUGGCUCAUUAUAGGAUCUGUUAUGCAGCAAGGUUCAGAAAUUGCACCCAUAGCGAUAGGUCCCCGUAUGAUAACCAGUGUAUGGUGGUUUUUCACCAUGGUAAUGGUGGCAUCAUACGUCGGUACUUUAGUCGCCUUCCUCACUGUCGAGAAAAAUGUCUUGCCUUUCGAAACAGUUCAAGAGCUCUAUGAAUCAAAAUCAAUUACUUACGGCGCCAAGGAAAAAGGAUCCACUAAACAGUUCUUUGAGAAUUCUACAAACCCGAUAUACCAGGCCAUGUUCAAAAAAAUGAAGGCACACAAUUGGCUCGCCAAAGAGAAUGACAUUGGUGUCUACUGGGCUGAAACUCAAAAUUAUGCAUUCUUUAUGGAAUCCACAUCUUUGGAAUAUUAUAAGGAGAGACAUUGCGACUUACUGCAAGUCGGUGGUCUACUGGACUCCAAAAGUUACGGCAUCGGAAUGAAAAAGAAAUCGCCUUAUAAGAAAUAUAUUGAUGAUGCAUUACUAAAACUCAAGGAAAAUGGUGAAAUAGAAAAACUGAGGAACAUUUGGUGGAAAGAGAAAAGGGGCGGUGGGAAGUGUGGAGAAAAACGUGAUGCAGAUCAGAAACAGUUGGGUAUGAAGAACAUGUUGGGUGCAUUCGUAGUGCUCGGCGUCGGCUGCCUCAUAGGACUGUUUAUAUCUAUUAUAGAUAUGCUGUGGGGAGUAUUCAAGAGAUCCGUCAAAUAUAGUACAACCUUCAAAUACGAGCUGAUAGAAGAGCUAAAGUUUGCUCUAAAGUUUAGCGGUCAUAUAAAACCCGUUAAGCGACCACAGAAGGCGAUCGAAGGCAGCUUCGAAGCUCUGGCGAAAGCUGAAGGCAAGGAUGAUAUACGUUCGCUACACUCGAUUCGGUCCUGCGACACUCAUAGAACACAUCAUUCACAUAGCUCCAGGCAUUCGUCACGAAGUCUUAGUGUGGCUUUCGCUAAGCGACGAUCCUAUAGCUAAAUUGAUAUUAAUUUAAGUAGUACACGUGUUGUUGAAAGGAAUAUGGUAAUGCCCUUUUAAGUCAAGCUUUUGAGUAUAUUCGUUACAAAGGAACCAUGUAACAUAGUUUAUGUUAGUGACAGAAACCAAUGUGGUGGUAGUUAUACUUUUGGCGAGAUGGUAUAACGCCCUCAGCCCAUUUCUCAGGAAAUUAAUUACCUACUCUUCUGCAAACAAACCUUUGAAUAAUAAUAUUGUUGUUUAAAAUAACAUGAAAUGGAAUAGCGUGUUGAAGUUAAUUUAAACUGGUUGAAUUUAAAAUAAUUUAGUUUUUUGUUAAUGUCUUCUAACAUCUCAAUUUUCGUAUGAAUUUAUUUUAAUUAUACUAUAGUUAGUUAUUUAUUAUUACAUAAUUAUAAUGUAUGUUAAAAAAAGAAAGGUAUUGUUUACCGUUAAAUAAAUUUUACUUUGUCUAAAAA